AUGCCCAUGCAUUCAUCUUCUUCUUCUCUUUCCCGGCGCCAGAAGCCUAAUAACAACAACGAAAAUGCCAUUAGCAAGUCUAUGUCGGCAGAAGAAGAAGUGAAGCUUGCUGCUCUCGCUAUCACCCUUAAUGUACGGCUCAGAUCAGCAGAUAUGCCUUUCGCCAUGCAAGCACAUGCCCUUCGUUACGCCGGAACUCUCCUCCUCCAACCUGCAAAUCACCGCCCUAACCCCUCCCUCCUCGCUCGCUCCCUCAAAAAGGAGUUUGAUUCGAUGUAUGGACCGGCAUGGCACUGUGUGGUGGGGAAGAGUUUCGGAUCUUUUGUGACUCAUUCGCCUGGUGGAUUUGUGUAUUUUUCACUUGAAUCGUUCUCGUUUCUUCUGUUCAAGACGGAGGUUCAGUUGAUCACGGAAGCAGUAGUACCAACACCUGCUGCCCGCUGAUUCAUAUAUUUCUGGUUGCUGCAGCUGACGGAGAUGGUUGUUCCCUGUUCGGUGGUUAGUUUCGCAAUCUGCAUUUGAAACAGAUAUAGCAGCUGCUAACUUGUUUUGGAGUUAAUUUCACAUAUGAUUGUACAUGAUAAUAUUGAUAUUUCUCUAAGAAAAAACAUACAUGUAGCAUCCUAUUUCUAACUUCUUUCAUCUU